CAGUAAUCUAAAAACAUGGCACUUCCGGGACGUCACUAAUGACACGUAUUCAAAAUGGCGGCCGCGGAUAUGGAGACGUGGUGGGCCUUGCUGCUGUUGUCCUUGUUGCCUGUAGUCAGGCCUUUCUAUGUUCCUGGAGUGGCUCCCCGGGAUUUCCAUGACGGCGACACAGUAGACAUUAAGGCAGUAAAGCUGACCAGCUCCCGUACGCAGCUCCCUUAUGAAUACUACUCCCUGCCUUACUGUAAGCCCGACGCUGUUUUCUACAAGGGAGAGAACCUGGGCGAGGUGUUACGUGGAGACCGCAUCGUGAACACGCUCUACACCGUGGCGAUGAAUAAGAACAAGAAAUGUGAGAUGGUGUGUGAGAAGAAAAAGCUGAACAUUGAGGAGAGCAAGCUGGUCGCUGAGCGAAUCCAGGAGGAGUAUUAUGUUCACCUUAUCGCAGACAACCUGCCCGUUGCCACCAGGUUGGAGUUUUAUCCAAACAGAGACGCUGGAGUGGAGGAGGAGCAGAAGAAGGACAUCAUGAAAGAUAUCCAGUUUGAGCAUGGGUACAGACUGGGCUUCUACGACAACAACAAGUUUUACCUGCACAACCACCUGUCCUUCAUCCUGUACUUCCACAAAGAGAAGCUGGAGGAGGGUGACGUUCACAACUACAGGGUGGUGCGAUUCGAGGUCGUUCCCCAGAGUGUAAAAGUAGAAGAUCUGAAGGCUGUGGAAGCUGACAAGACGUGUACGUUGCCUGAGGCCAGUGGCUCCGCCCCUCAGGAGAUCGACCCCUCCAAGGAGAACGAGGUCCUCUUCACCUACUCGGUGCACUGGGAGGAGAGCGAGGUGAAGUGGGCGUCUCGAUGGGACACCUACCUGACCAUGAGCGACGUCCAGAUCCACUGGUUCUCCAUCGUUAACUCUGUGGUCGUCGUAUUCUUCCUGUCUGGUAUUCUGAGUAUGAUCAUCAUCAGGACCCUGAGGAAGGACAUCGCUAACUACAACAGAGAGGAUGACAUUGAGGACACGAUGGAGGAGUCCGGAUGGAAGAACGUCCACGGUGACGUCUUCAGGCCGCCUCAGUAUCCCAUGAUCCUCAGCUCUCUGCUGGGCUCAGGGAUCCAGCUCUUCUGCAUGGUGCUCAUUGUCAUCUUUGUAGCCAUGUUGGGCAUGUUGUCUCCAUCCAGCAGAGGAGCGUUGAUGACCACAUCCUGCUUCCUCUUCAUGUUCAUGGGCGUAUUUGGCGGUUACUUUGCGGGCAGACUGUAUCGCACACUCAAGGGCCACCGAUGGAGGAAAGGAGCUUUCUGUACUGCAACUCUGUACCCUGCCGUGGUUUUUGGGAUCUGCUUCGUCCUCAACUGUUUCAUCUGGGGGGAGCACUCCUCUGGAGCGGUCCCCUUCACCACCAUGUUGGCUCUGCUCUGCAUGUGGUUCGGGAUUUCCAUGCCACUGGUCUACCUGGGAUACUACUUUGGCUUCCGUAAGCAGCCUUAUGAUAACCCGGUGCGCACCAACCAGAUCCCCCGACAGGUCCCGGAGCAGCGCUGGUACAUGAACAAGUUUGUGGGGAUCCUGAUGGCUGGGAUUCUACCGUUUGGAGCCAUGUUCAUCGAGCUCUUCUUCAUCUUCAGUGCCAUCUGGGAGAAUCAGUUCUAUUACCUGUUUGGCUUCCUGUUUCUAGUCUUCAUCAUCCUGGUGGUGUCCUGCUCUCAGAUCAGUAUCGUGAUGGUUUACUUCCAGCUGUGUGCAGAGGACUACCGGUGGUGGUGGAGAACCUUCCUGGUGUCAGGAGGCUCGGCGUUCUACGUCCUCAUUUAUGCAGUUUUCUACUUUGUCAACAAGCUGGACAUCGUGGAGUUCAUCCCCUCCCUGCUGUACUUUGGUUACACGGCUCUGAUGGUUCUGUCCUUCUGGCUGCUGACGGGAACGAUCGGUUUUUACGCCGCCUACAUGUUCAUCAGGAAAAUCUAUGCGGCUGUGAAGAUUGACUGAAGUCUCUGCUGCGCUCCUCCUCCUUCUUUGUUUUCGUCACAUUCAGUUUUUCUUUUUAUGUAUAUAUUUUUUAUUCUUCAUGUCCUGCAAGCACUGACUUGUGUGUGGAGGGAACAGGCAGGGCUGCUUUUUAUGGCGUUACAGCCCCCCCUACUGGCCUUGUGGGGGAGAACAGUAGGGUUGCAGAGCUAAACCAGCUGUUUGUCUCCCCCCUCCCCUCACUUCGAUCCCCCUCCCCCCUCCAGGACAGAGACCCAGAGGCCUCCCCUCCUCUGAUGGGACUGUUUUUCAGCACUGCGGGCCAAAGCUUGUCAUGUUUCUGCACACUUCUCUUGGUUUAAGUUAUCAGGUUGUUCUUUCUCUCAGCUGUCUCCUCCUCCUCCUCUUGCUCUCUCUCGUUCCUUCUCUCUGCUUUCAGACGGCUCUCUGGUUUCGGGACAGAGAUCAGGAGUCUACCUGUGGUGUUAAUGUUGUCGUGUCUGAUGGAAAUUAUGUUGGGAAGUUCUGCAGUGUAAGAAAAGAACGAUAAAUUAAAUGUACUGUUGUUUUUUACUCUAGUCCUCAUGUCCUGGUGUGAACACGUUAGCAUCAGCUCCUUCAUCACCACAGCUCCACCUGCUCUGAGACUCUCCGUCAUGGACUGUAUGAAGCUCUGCAGAAGGAAGCUGAGAGAUGGAGGAGAAGAAGAAGACGACCUCCUCGUGAUGAGGAAGAGGAGUGUGACUGAAACACUGAUGUUUGAAUCUCUUGUGUUAGUGUUGGCAGUGUGCUAACUGAUGCUUUCAGAGGACCAUUUGAGUGUGAAGCUAAUGCUACAUAUCACUAACAUACAGACUGAUCAACAGGACCCGCCUGUCUGUUCCUACCUGUGCAGGUAGACUUCAGAGUGAUGGUGUUUGGGUGGAGCCCAAGUAUUAUCAGACCUGUACAUUAGGUGUUUCUGUCGUCAGCUCCUUCUGAUGAUGUGUUCGGAUUUCAUUGAUGUGAUUUUCCAUGUUCAGCUUCCUGCCUUUAGACACACCUGUUCAGGUGUUCGUUAGAGCUAACACGUUUAUUACUCUGAGGCUUAACUACAAACGUAUCUGUCAAUCAAACUGCAUCAGAACAUAAUCAACACAGAGGUUUAAAGUGAUCAGAGUUCUUACCCAGAGUUACACAGAAACAUAUUAACCAGCAGCUGCUUAGCUUAGCUCAGAAGCAGGUCGCCUCCUGCUCAGUGUGCAGAGUUCAGAGUGUGUCUGAGUGUUUGUGUGAAUCUCCUGUAGGAGUUUGAUCAGGUCAUUCAACGGACUGAGAUCAGAAAUCAAACAGAGCAUGCAGACUGACGGUUUCUGUUGAGUAACUCACCUGUACCUGCUGUGAGAGGCGCACGAUUGCUGAAUCACCUGUCUUUCUCCUCAGCAGGUGUUCACAGAGAGAUCUUUGAAAAAAAGUCUCAUUCAUGCAAGUAAAGCUGUAAGAGGUAUCGUUUUGUCCACAGGGGGCGCCACAGUCCAAACAAACCUUAUCCUCACAGUAGCUUUAAAGCUUCAGAACCAGCACACAUCUAACUCUGCACACUGUCCUCCUAACCUGCUCCCUCUGAUAGACACAGGUCACAUGAUAAUGAAGUCCUCUCUUCAGUCAUCGAGCAGGAGUGUCUCACCUGGUCUGACUCAUUCUUCUCUGUUAUUGAGACAUGAACCGUCUCUGGGUUUGGAUAAAAGACAUCACUUUGGGUACUGAGAGUUCAUGAUGAGUGUUUUUCUAUUUGAUGCAUUGAAAAAAAUCAGUAAAUGAACAUAAAUUAAAGAA